GUUGGGUGCUAAAGAAACUGAACCAAACCUUAUAGAAAGUAUAAGAUGCUGACAGGCCCUGGAAAUCCCAAACCCACCCUCAUGGUGGGUUUCCUCAGUCCAGCAGUGUGACAAACUUGUGUAGGCGAUGGGUGGUGCUGAGUGGAGCAGACAAUUGUGGUCAUGACCAGAGGGAAUUCUAUGAUUUAGCAAAACGGAAGUCUUUUCAGCCAGACCUGGGGAGCUUGUGGCUUCCAGGAUAGGCCCCUGUCCCCGGGUACAUAACAACAGCCUUUUCAUUCCAGCUCCCCCUAAGUUCCCAAGUGCAGACUUUUGCUUGGAGAUGCCAUGGUAACCACGAUGUCACAACGGAACAUCAUUCUUCCUGAGGUAGAAGAAACUCUUCUGUGGAGCUCUGCUGUGUAAAGUCAGAGCAAGUUAAUUUCUCCUUCAGUUGGAGAGUUCACAGAUCUCUGAGGAACCACCCUGAGGACAAGAACCAUCCAGUGUCAUGAGGGGAACAUGCAUUUUAUGCCUACAGAGUUAAAGCAAAGGUUGAAUUCCACAAAUCAAAAAUCAACCCCUUUCUGAGACCCAACUCUCUGGGUCAUCCAGGGGUCUGAGUUAUAUUGAGAAGAAAACUGGAAAAAAGGCUGCCUGACUCUGUCAGUUUUCCUACCAAUUCUAGCUGAGUAUCGGUGCCAGAUGUCUGGUUCCUGCUGCUCUACCGCAUAGAUGCAAGCGCUGGAGAUGUGACAAGUUGGUUUCCUAGCUGCCCAUGGUGUCUACAACAGUUCUGUGUGGGGAUGGCAGAGAUGAGAGGGAUGCUGCUGGUGUUGCUGUACGUGUCUCAAUCUUCUGCCAGUUGUGGCAUCCAGAAAACCUCGCUGGUGGACGAAUCCGAGGAGAACCUGGUCAGCACCAUGGAGUUCCCGUGGGUGGUGUCAGUUCAGGACUCACAGUACACACACCUGGCAUUCGGCUGCAUCCUCAGCCACUUCUGGAUCCUCAGCAUUGCAUCUGCCUUCCAGAACAGGAAGGAUGCUAUCGUUGUGGUUGGUAUAGCUAACAUGGAUCCCAGAAAGAAUGCUUUCAUAGAGUACCCUGUCCGCACCAUCAUCAUCCACGAGGACUUUGAUAACCAUUCCAUGAACAAUAACGUAGCCCUCCUGAGGACAGACUCGGCGAUGCAUUUUGAUGAUCUGGUCCAGCCCAUCUGCUUCCUGGGGAAAGAGCAGCCUAUGCUCCCAGCCUUGAAGAACUGCUGGGUGUCAGGAUGGAAUCCCACGUCUGCAACAGGAAAUCACAUGACAAUGAGUAUCCUGAGGAGAAUCUCCGUGAAAGACUUUCACCUGUGUCCCCUACACAAACCCCAGAAAACAGGAUGUGGCAGUCACACAGAGCGGGAAACUGAUGCUGUCUGCUUGGGGGAGCCAGGCAGCCCCAUGAUGUGCCAGCUGCAGCAUUUGGAUCUGUGGGUCCUGAGAGGAAUUCUGACCCACGGUGGUGAGAAAUGCCCUGGUCUGUUUCUGUACACUAAGGUGGAAGACUACAGUGACUGGAUCACAUCCAUGGCCAGGAGGGCCGGCCCUCCCCUGUCUUCGCUCCGCCACUGGGAGAAGUUGAUCCAUUUCUCCCACCACAGAUUACCUGCUGUCGUGACACAGAAAGCAUAUUCUGAACAGGGCCCUGUUAGAUGGCCCCAAUCCUACUUCCAAGGACAAAGAAAUUCCACUGUGCAUUUACAGGGUACAAACAGCUCUAGCUCUAGAGGUGGUCCAGACCUCAGGGUAAAGGGUCUACAGAAACCAGACAGUUCUGCAAAGCUGACUGUUCAACCCAUGUACUAUGACUACUAUGGUGGGGAUGUUGGGAAGAUGCCUUUUGCAGAUCAAGACAGGGUGCAGCCCCAAGAAAUCAUCUUGGUUUCCUUCAUGCUUGUUUUCUUUGGCAACAGUGUGUAGAUCUAGGAGGGAACCCA